AUGGGUCUGGCAGAGCGCAAGGUUAAGCAGCGUAUCGGGUACGACCCCCGCAACCUGUCAUGGUCCAACGACACGGACCGCUUCUCCUUCAAGCACAUGACAGCGCUUGGAUGGAAGGAGAACGAGGGCAUCGGCAAGAACAGGGACGGUAUGGCCUCUCACAUUGCUGUCGCACGCAAGGCCGACAACACUGGUAUCGGCAUGACCCGUGUUCUCAAGGAGGGCGGCGAGCUGAGCGCCGGUGCCGGUCAGGCCGGUGCUGGCCUCGAAGAGGUCCUCAAGCGUCUUGCUGCCAAGGCCAGCGCAUCCCCCUCCCCAUCCGUCGAGGGUUCGCCUGCCCCCUCUCCGGCUCCUUCUGCCAGUCCCGCUCCUUCGGCGCUGAGGAACAAGAUGGCUUCGCGUCAACGUCAUCUUGCCUCGAAGCGCAUGGCCUCCCAGUCGCCCGCCGCGCUCGCAGAGAUUCUCGGCGUCCCCGUCUCUUCCCUCCCCAGCUCCCCCGCGGCCUCCAAGCCCGCCUCCGCCUCGGCUACCCCCCGCGAGACUACCCCUGCCGCAUCCACCCCAGCGUCGGAGGAGUCGACUCCUGCUCCCGAGGACGACAAGGAGCGCAACUCGCAGGAAACCAUCUCCACUUCUACCAUGUCGGUCUCAGACUACUUCCGCAUGAAGCUGCGCGAGAAGAUGCUCGCCCGUCAGGCCGCUAGGAGUGGUGACGCCUCGCCCGCGCCCGAGCUCGCAGAGGGAUCUCUUGCUGCCUUCAAGGAGGAGACCAAGCACGUUAUCGGCGGUGUCGCGUUCGAGGGGAGCAGGAUGCAGUUUGAGGAGACCACCACCACCAUUACCAUCACCGACCUCGGUGGCGAUGACAGCGCCGAGCCCGCGACUCCCGCGCCUACACCGGCUGUCGAGGAGGAGAAGAAGAGCAAAAAGUCCAAGUCGUCGUCCAAGUCUGAGACUCCUGAGGCUGGACCCAGCACCCCCGCUGUCGACGAAAAGGCGGCCAAGAAGGCCCGCAAGGAGGCCAAGCGUGCGGCCAAGGAGGCCUCCGCCUCGGGUAUCGCCACCCCUGAGACCCCCGCUACUGCCAGCGGAGUGUCGACCCCGCUGUCCGACAAGGAGGAGAAGAAGAGGCGGAAGGAGGAGAAGAAGGCCAAAAAGGCCGAGAAGGAGGCACGCAAGGACAAGAAGCGCAAGCGCAGCGGCAGCGACAGCGAGGACGACAGUGAGACGGUGGAGAAGCGCAAGUCAAAGUCCAAGUAG